AUGUCCGACGCUGACCAGCUGAGAGAGCUUACCCAAUUCCUGCGGGAUAAGAAUCCAAGCGUGCGCCAGAUUGCGCUCGCAAACCUCCUGACCCAGACGCCCAAAGGAUCUCCUCAUCGAGAUCUUUUCUACUCAGGUUUGCAGACGGGUGGUCUGCAAGAAAAGCACGAAAAUGAUAUCAUAAGAGACAUCAAAAUAUUGUGUAGAGACCAGCUGUUGACGGCGCACGACGCAUUCCGGGCUCUGGUCAAUCUGUCAGAAAACUCCCUGCUCAUCAAUACACUAUCUGAUCCUGCCUUCCUGAAUUUUGUUGUCUCAUACAUCCUUAACUUCCAAGCCACCCUCGCGGAUCUUGCGUCAAUGCUACUGUCGAACGUGACCGCCCACGGGGGCGCAUGUAAUGUGCUUCUGUCACUGAAGGUUUCAGUACUUCCCGAUCCGAAGUCACCGAUCAAGGUCUUUCCUGUCGAUUCUCGUUCCAUGACCUGCCCAGCGCCCGUGCCAUAUCCAUCGAGCGAGCCGAAGGAGGUUCUCGCCCUGCCUCUGCUUGUCGACGCCUUUGUCAAGGCUGCCAGUGUAACCGAAGAGCGAGAAAAACGCCUCUUCAAGGGCGACCUGCACUUCCUAGCGAGCGUGUUUGCAAACAUCAGCACGGUUCCAGUAGGACGUGCAUUCUUCCUCACACCAAGAUCGAUUGAUCCAUUGAACGAGGACGCUGAUCUGGAGUAUCCCUUGUCCAAGAUCGUUGCCUUCACGGAACACAAGGAUACGAUCAGACGCGGUGGCGUUGCAUCCACAAUCAAAAACUGCGCUUUCCAGACAUCGGCUCAUCGCGCCCUCCUGACGGAGGACACCGACAAGGUUGUGGUACCUCCUUCAACAGUAGAGGCCCCUGGCAUUAAUGUCCUGCCCUACGUGCUUCUCCCGCUCGCCGGUCCGGAAGAGUUUGAUCUCGAAGAUCAAGAGAAGCUCCCCCCCGCGCUACAAUUCCUUCCACCGACCAAGGUGCGCGAACCAGACCCCGUCCUUCGGCAGACACAUGUAGAAACCCUUCUAUUGCUCUGCACGACACAUUGGGGACGCGAAUACCUACGGAAUCACGGUGUAUACGAGAUUGUCAGGGCCCUGCAUGAAAACGAAGAGGUUGUAGUAGUCGCAGAGCACGUGUUACGUCUCGUCAAUCUGCUCAAGCGAGAGGAGGGCGAUGAUACCGUCCACGAUGGGGCUGACGUCCUCGCACCCUCAACCCAAGAGGUAUCUGAUGACGAAGAUACCAAGAUAGAAGAGCUCUAACUGUACGAAGCUGUACAACGACGUCCAAAUGUAGCUCAUACCUUAG